AUACUUUCAAAGUGGCUAGUGAUGCAAUUUCGGAACUUGCACAAGGCUGAAUUUAUUGCUACAAGCCUUCAACUGGAAGAACCCAUAAUUAUAACUACGUACCUACUUCCCUCUGCUUGAAGAUACCGCCUACCUUAUACGUCCUCCAUUAAUCCAUACUUCCUGCCCCUUAUAAUCGCUACGCAAUUUCUAACAGAUUGUUCUACUCUAUCUAUAAUUACUGGGAAGUGCCUUGAAUUAUUCUUUAUUCCUCUUGCAAAGAAACCAGCCAUGCCUAAGGAGAAGAAUUUCAACCCCGUCCAAGCCCAGCGCAAAGCUGAAAAGGCCAAACAAAUCAAGAAAGGCAAGGCAGAAGCAGCUACGAGGCGAAAUGAGAAGCUCGCAAACCGAAACCCCGAGAGAUUACAAAAGCAAAUCGACGACCUCAAAAAGAUUACGACUAGCGGCGGCAAGCUCACGAAGCACGAAGAAACCGUAUUAGAAGGUCUUGAACGUGACCUGAAAGCAGUAGUAAAAGCGAGGGAGGCGCUCGGCGAUAGAGCACCAACCUUUGGUCGUGGCGGUGGCUUCAAAGGCGAUGGACGAGGAAACGAUAGUGUCCUAGGCAAGCGGAGAAGAGGCGGCCGUGAUGCUGAGAGCAGCGACAGCGAUGUGCCGGAUGAUGUCAAAAGCAUACCGAUGCCCCGAGACACUCCUCCCCCGAUUUCAAAGGAGAUAUUAGACGAGUGGUAUGCGAAGCGCAGGGCAGCCCGGAAUGCAAAUGCAAACGACACGCCCCUAGGUGGCCCAGACAGAAUGGGCCGAAACAGCCAAAGUCAAGACAAGCAAGGCCAGGACAAGCAAGAUCAGGACAAGAAGCAACCACCUGUGCCGAUAGAAGCAAAAACGGUGUAUGAAGCGAAGCCGAUGGUACGCGACUUACGGAAGGAAGCUGCCAGCGCAUUCAUGCCCACGGCAGUCCGCAUGAAGAUGGAAAAGAGCAAGGGUCAGAGUGGCCUGAUGGAGCCUGAAGAAGCUGACCGCCUAGAAAGAGAGGGUUACCUUAAAUCUACACAUACCCAAGAUGACAUGUCAAGUUCUACAAUGGGGCCGCCAAAAGUCUCGAUUGAAGACGUGGAAGACGACCAAGAUUGAGCUCAUCAAAAAUCAUAAGGUUGGUAGUUACGGGAGCUAUUUCCCCUGAUGACUUUUUGAUAACGGCUCGGUUCCUAUUAGCUGGGAAGCGUAGAACGCUUAUCCAUUGCAUACCGUAGUCGCUGAGGGUAUGCAUGUCACUCCUGUCACUUUUGACUAAAUCUUUUAGCCAUAUGUAUCUCCUUAGACAAGGAACGCACCGUUCCCUUGGUACUGAUGGCUAUGGGAUUGUCGAGUGGCAAUGGGAGGAUCGCUCAUCAACAGCAGCUUGUUGGGUAUCUUGCAGGGAGUUCUGGGGCUUCGGGUUUAACUCCGGCCUAGGCAGAUCGUGAGUUUAAU